CGGCGGGGCGGGGCGGGGCGCGCGGAUGGCGGCCGCGGGCGCCGGGCCUGGGCCGGGGGCGCCCCCGGGGCUGGAGGCGACGCGGCAGAAGCUCGCGCUGCGGCGCAAGAAGGUGCUGAGCGCCGAGGAAAUGGAGCUGUACGAACUGGCGCAGGCGGCGGGCGGCGCCAUCGACCCCGACGUGUUCAAGAUCUUGGUGGACCUGCUCAAGCUGAACGUGGCCCCCCUUGCCGUGUUCCAGAUGCUCAAGUCCAUGUGCGCCGGGCAGAGGCUGGCGGGCGAGCCCCAGGACUCUGCGGCCGUCGGUCUGCCCGCGGCGAGCGCGUCUGAGACUCGAGAGGCCUCCUUUCUGUCUGCCAGGGGCAGUAGCCCCCCUGCAAGGCCCUCCCUUUCCUUGGGCCCACGGCCUGCGGCCUCUCCAGUUCUGCUCCAGGGCCCAGCUGCCGCGCAAUCGCCUCUCUCUCCAGGGCCCCCUGGUUCCCUCCGCUUCUCUUGCUGCCUGUUUUCUUCUUUCGCAGGGAGAAACAAAGGCAGCACCACGCUCAGUGGAGUGCCAGGCCUGGCAGAACGCAGCAGCCGGGAAGGACCCAGCCAGAGGAUGCCCCGCCAGCCCAGUGCCACCAGGCUGCCCAAGGGGGGUGGGCCUGGCAAGAGCCCCACCCGGAACAGCUCCUAGGACUGGCAGAGACUUGGCACACACACGCCUGCUGAGGGCUCCCCAUCCUCCUGCCAACGGCUACGUGUUGUUUCCUUCAGUUGGCAAUAAACCUUUCUGAAAAGUG